AUGAAAGCCCAGAAUCAAUAUGCAGGACAGACGGUGUGUGUCGCGGGCGGUUCUCGGGGUUUGGGCUUGCUUAUGGCCGUAGAAUAUGCGAAACAAGGGGCCAGUGUUGUCAUUCUUGCCAGGAACCCGAAAACCCUGGAGGUAGCUACAGCAGAAAUCAUCGCCGCUCGUCAAUCGGAAGACCAGACCGUUCACGCCAUCGCAGUCGAUCUCAGUGACUACAUUGCUCUGAGAAGUGCCAUGUCGGAACACGAUGCGACACCAGAUGUGCUGAUCUGCAGCGUCGGCGGAACUACUCCGGCCCAGAUCGGUUUCCUCGCAGACCUGACACCAGAAGGGCUCGUGUCCUGCUUUGACUCCAAUUACAACGCUGCACUCUUCAUCACCCAGUGGUGUGUACAGCGUUGGAUCAAAUUUCCAGACCCGAAGCGCACCAGGCGUCUGGUAUACAUCGCUUCUUCCGCCGCCUUCGUUGCCCUCCCGGGUUAUGUCGCUUAUACCCCGCCCAAGGUUGCUGUCCGAGCGUUGGCGGACACGCUUCGCCAAGAGCUGCUUCUGUACGGCGACGAGAACAUGUACCGGGUGCACAUUGCUUUCCCGGCGGCCUUCACGACAGACGCGUUCCUCCAGGAACAGGAAGCGAAGCCUCAGCUCUUGAAACAGAUGGAGGAUUCGGACUACGCGACUAAGGAGGAACUGUUUAAGAAGGUCCAGAGUGUCGAGGAAAUAGCCGCGGGGAUCCUCGACGGUAUCAAGAAAGGACGCUACAUCAUCACCACGGAUAUGACGACUGACUUGACGCUGAACAACAUGAGGGGUCCGAGUCCGCGCAGUAGCCCACUGUAUGACUAUUUCAUGUCAUUUGUAGGCGCUCUCGCCUUCCCUGUGGUGCGUCGAAAAUUCGACAAAAUGACCUCUCAGUACGGCCGAGAGAAGGGUCUUCGAAAAUAG